UGAACUUGGGAGGAGCGUGCCCGGGGUUCCCGCCCUGCCGGGAUCCACCACCCUCCUCAUCGGGACCGCGCAGGCGCAGGCGGCCAAGAGUCCGACCACAGUCCCGGAGUCCCAAGGUUGCGCCCGUACCAUCGCAGCCACUGCCACCGCUCACUAUGACCCCGGGUCCCCGUCUGCUGCUGGCCACGGUGCUCUGCCUGGGGCUCGGCGCGCUCGUGUCUUCUUCGGGGUCCUCGGGCGUCCGAAAGCGAGGUCCCUCGGUGACCGCCAAGGUCUUCUUUGAUGUGAAGAUCGGAGACAAAGAUGUGGGUAGAAUUGUGAUUGGCCUCUUCGGAAAAGUGGUACCCAAGACAGUGGAAAACUUCGUGGCUCUGGCAACAGGAGAGAAAGGCUACGGCUAUAAAGGAAGCAUCUUCCAUCGAGUCAUCAAGGACUUCAUGAUUCAAGGGGGGGACUUCACCGCGAGAGAUGGCACCGGAGGUAUGAGCAUUUAUGGUGAGACAUUUCCUGAUGAGAACUUCAAACUCAAGCACUAUGGCAUUGGGUGGGUCAGCAUGGCCAAUGCUGGUCCCGACACCAAUGGCUCCCAGUUCUUCAUCACCUUGACCAAGCCCACCUGGUUGGAUGGCAAACAUGUCGUAUUUGGAAAAGUCCUGGAUGGGAUGACUGUGGUACACUCCAUAGAACUUCAAGCCACGGAUGACCAUGACCGCCCACUUACUGACUGCACUAUCGUCAACAGUGGCAAGAUAGAUGUGAAGACACCCUUCGUGGUCGAGGUCCCUGACUGGUAACAGACAUGGCGGAAAAACCAGGGACACACUCUGGCUGGUCCGUGUGUGCAUCUGCUCUCCACCAGGUGUCUUUUGACCCUUUAGUUAAGUUGUACUUAAAACAACAACAACAACAUUCUCUUUUAAUUUCCCAGUCCAGAUUGCAACGAAGAUUUAAAAAUCAACCACACAGCCAGAUGUCCUGGCAAACACCUAUAAUCCCAGCACUAGGGAGGUGGAGGCAGGAAGAUUAGGGG